AAAAUUCUGACCACUUUUGUUGUCAUCACCUUUGUUGUUUGCUGCAUUUUCAUCAUGACGCUGGUCGGUAUUACAAUUUAUAAAGAGCUAAGCUCAAAUUUCACAUCAUGUGGCCCAUAAUUCACCCGAGUCUCUGCUGGGCUUGUGUCUUUAUACAUUUAGUUAAGAACAUAGAUGGUGGCCUUCAGCCAUUUAAUGCUACCAGGUUUAUGCUAACUCAGUAUGGUCCCCCUUGUGAAUGUAGAGGUGGCCAUUGGGAAGCCCCACCCGGUACAUAUUUCCGGUCUGUAGAUUGUGGAGACAGGACUGCAUAUCUUGGUAUUCAUGGUACACCUACUCAGCAGCACCAACAGAGCUGGAAAUGUGUGUCUAAGCCUAAACCUAUCUUACCACCAGCUAAUGGUGAGUGCCCCUCUGAUUGUAAUUUCGUCGAAGCUAUGCACUCAUCCUGUUAUGCUUCUUUUACUGAAUGUCGGUUCAAUAACAUCCUGUAUUUUUAUUCUACGGCCAUUUCUUAUAAAAAGGCCUCUGGGGGCUCAGAUUGGAGUCUUAACACUCAGGUAAUAGGACCAGAAAGUUAUAAUUCAAAAACCCUUAGUGCAGGCUGCUAUGUAGAACCUGGACAAAAGGCAUGCUGGCCUCAACAAGCUCCGAUUCACAUAUCAGAUGGAGGGGGCCCUACAGACCAGGUUAAAGAAAAUUAUGUCCAAACUGUGUUGCAAAAACAAAGGGAGUCUCUCUUGCCCCGCCUUCAUUACCAUCCACUAUUGCUACCCAAACCUAGAGGCCUUAAUUUAGACCCUCAGACCAUGGAGAUCCUUACUGCCACCCAUGAUGCCCUAAACCGCUCCAACCCUUCCCUGGCAGAGGAUUGUUGGCUGUGUCUCGCAUUAGGAAUUUCAUGGCCUCUAGUUUUACCUUUAAGUAACGAGUCUAAUAUACUCCCCUCUCCGGAUAUUUGUAGCUAUACCACGCCUUUUAAGGUCCAGCCUCGCUACUUCAACACAUCUAUUUGCCUUUUUAGUCCCUUUCAAAAUAAUUCCUUUGAUGUAGACCUCGGAUUAGCUAUGUUUACUACCUGCUCUAGGUUUAUAAACACCUCUCAGACAGGCUGUUUAGGGGGGGGAAAAUUUAUGUAUGUGGAAAUAACAUGGCCUAUCCUUAUUUACCCACUAACUGGACUGGACAUAAUUCCAGGAGAUGAGCCUGUGCCUUUGCCUAGCUUUGACACAUUCGUUCCUAGGCACAAACGAGCGGUCCAGUUUAUUCCAUUGCUUAUUGGACUGGGUAUCUCAGGAGCCCUCGCUACGGGCUCAGCUGGUGUAGGAGUGGCAAUAGACACUUACAACAAAUUAUCUCAACAGUUAAUUAAUGAUGUAAAUAUGGUCUAUCGGUCUGUACAAGAUCUUCAGGACCAGGUAGACUCACUAGCCGAGGUUGUCUUACAGAAUAGACGGGGACUUGAUCUACUAACAGCAGACAAGGGAGGUAUCUGUUUAGCAUUACAGGAAAAAUGCUGUUUUUAUACCAACAAGUCCGGGAUCGUCAGAGAUCGGAUUAAAAAACACCAAGAGGAACUAGAAAAAAGGCGACAGGAGCUUUUUGCUAACCCCAUGUGGGGCAUGUGGAACGGAAUUCUGCCUUACCUUCUACCCCUUGUUGGGCCCCUGGUGUCCCUACUCUUAAUCCUAACAAUAGGCCCCUGCAUUUUCAACCGGUUGACUCAAUUCAUGCGAGAAAGGCUGUCAGCUGUCCAAACCUUAGUGCUGACUAGCCAAUACCAAGCCCUAGAAACAAGUGACCCUGAUAAUCUAUAAAGGAGGGAAAGAUGCCCCUCCAUAGUUACAAAGAAAAAGGGAGGAAUGAAAAAAAAAAAAUUAAAAAUUAUAAAAGUCAGGAGCCAUGAAGUCUCUCAGGCAGGUCGCGUACCGGUCAGGAAUUCCAACUCACUGAUAAGC